GGUGAUGGGCGUGGUCUCCUCGCAGGCAGGGGGCGGGGCUUGGGCUAAGCAUUGACAGUUCGCAGAGAGGCCUGAGAGAGAGCUGGACAUGCAAUGACUGCGGGACAAGUACAAUAGGAGACCCAGAGAGAGGGAUGCCGUUUUCCCUGCUUGCACACCAUAGUGGAGUAUUGCACUUGGUGAACCACAGGACAGAUUUAGAGUCAGCAUGAGCGGGCAACGUGUUGAUGUCAAGGUGGUGAUGUUGGGAAAGGAUGCUGUGGGAAAGACAAGUCUGGUUGAGAGAUAUGUGCAUCACCGAUUUCUCCAUGGACCCUAUAGGAAUACUGUAGGAGUAGCAUUUAUUGCCAAAGCUAUGUGUGUGGAUGGACGGAACCUAACACUGGGAAUCUGGGACACUGCUGGCUCUGAACGUUAUGAAGCCAUGAGCCGCAUGUAUUACAGGGGAGCCCGAGCUGCUAUAGUGUGCUAUGAUAUCACAGACAGCUGCAGUUUUGAGCGAGUGAAGUUCUGGGUGAAAGAACUACGAAACUGUGAGGAACAAUGCCAAAUCUACAUAUGCGGGACUAAGAGUGAUAUAGUGGAAAAUGACAAAAGCCUGCGCCAGGUUGACUUCCAUGAUGUGCAGGAUUACGCAGACGAGAUUAAUGCUCAUGUUUGCGAGACAUCCAGUAAAACAGGAAAAAGUGUAGAUGAUCUGUUCCAGAAGGUUGCUGAAGACUUUGUUAACUACAACAACAUUCAGACUGAAACAGAGGCAAAAGGGGUGGAACUGGGUCUGAAGAAAAAUGCCACCUCAUACCCCUGCUGCAGUCAGUAACAAGGGAACCCUGCUAAAUUGCCAAGACAUCUGUGUAGUCCUCUCAGACUAAUUUCGUUUUAAACACGUUUCUCUUACAAGGUUGUGGACUUUUGCCCCAUUGGCUGCGAGACAUCAUCAUUCUCAUGUCAGUAUAUGGAGAGAUGCUCCCCAUAAAAGCUACUGCAGCGUUUAAGGCUUUUAAUGCAACGUAGAAGGAAGAAGUACAGAUUUGUAUCUACAUUUAGAUUUAUACAGGAACAAUGACCGUGAAUGGUUGUCAAAGUUUGAUCUUUGCUUAUUUUUUUGUGAUGUAAUUUACAAAAUAAAAUGUAUAGCGAUGAAAACACUA